CUUUUGCAUGACUUUUUCAACACAUGUGUCUGCAGUUACAGAUGAAGUUGCAGAAGAAGCGCUGGUGAGAAGAUGGGUGCGGGUCCUUUAGUCGUUGAACUUGUUGCAGUAUUUGUGCUGACUGCGCUGCUUCUAAACAAGUAUGCUGAUUGGAGAAGGCAUCAUUUUGUUGUUAUGCUGUCAACAUUUGUUGGCUGGUAUUUUUCUUUUAUCAUAAUCUUCGUGCUUCCAUUGGACGUUGCAAUAACAUUCUAUCACAAAUGCGAAGUCGAGCAAGCGCGCCAAAUGAACGAUUCCUCGAUUUCCGAACCCAUACAUUGUGAGCAACCCGGUGGUUAUAUAGCUGACUCGGUGCUGCUUUCACUCUGGAGGAUUGUUUACUGGUCGGCGCAGGUACUCACUUGGCUUGUGCUUCCGUUUAUGCAGAGUUAUGUGAAUGCAGGCGAUUUCACAACUUACGGAAAGAUAAAAGCUGCUCUUUUCAACAAUGCUGUCUAUUAUGGCAUUUAUAUGCUUGCCUUCGCUGUGCUUUUAGUUUACGCUGUCAUCAAAGGAGUCGUGAUCAACUUGUAA